AUGGUCAAGAUCAGCUUCCAGCCCGCGGUGGCUGGCGUCAAGGGCGACAAGGCCGACAAGGCGGCGGCUGGGGCAUCGGCCCCCGGUCCGGCCGCCGAAAUCCUGCUGACCCCCGCGCGGGAGGAGCGGCCGCCCCAGCCCCGCUACAAGAAGGGCGGCUCCGUGGGCAGCGUGUGCUACCUGUCGAUGGGCAUGGUCGUACUGCUCACAGGCCUGGUGUUUGCCUCUGUCUACAUCUACAGAUACUUCUUCCUGGCCCAGCUGGCCCGGGAUAACUUCUUCCACUGCGGUGUGUUCUACGAGGACCCUCUGUCGGCUCAGAUGCCCGCUCGGAUGGAGCUGGAGGAAGACGUGAAGAUCUACCUGGAGGAGAACUACGAGCGCAUCAACGUCCCUGUGCCCCAGUUCGGGGGCGGCGACCCAGCGGACAUCAUCCACGACUUCCAAAGGGGCCUGACCGCAUACCACGACAUCUCACUGGACAAGUGUUACGUCAUCGAGCUCAACACCACCAUCGUGCUGCCCCCUCGAAACUUCUGGGAGCUGCUCAUGAACGUGAAGAGAGGGACCUACCUGCCUCAGACGUACAUCAUCCAGGAGGAAAUGGUGGUCACAGAGCACGUCAACGACAAGGAGGCGCUGGGCUCCUUCAUCUACCACCUGUGCAGUGGGAAGGACACCUACCGGCUGCGACGUCGCGCCACUCAGAGACGGAUCACCAAGCGAGGAGCCAAGAACUGCAGCGCCAUCCGCCACUUCGAGAACACCUUCGUGGUGGAGACGCGUAUCUGCGGGGUGGUGUGA